ACGACACCCUCCCUCUCAGCCUUCUGCCCGCAUUUUCCAUACCCCACCGUUUGGAGAAAAAGGACGCUAUCGGGGCACCAGGCUCAGAUUGGACCACCACCGAAGAAGUGGGGGUUUUUGCUAACCCAUUUCCCGUUUAGCUGCAUGCCUUCGGAGCUCUCCUGCCCGCCUCCUCCAAUACCCGCAGAGAGAAUUCCCGGAGAGGAGGACCUGGACACACACCCUCUCUCCCUGACUCUCACACCGACUUCCCACCGUCGAAUAGCACCAUCUUCUCAGCCUGCUGCGGGUGUACGGACGGCCCUGGUUGCAAUUGGCGGAAAGGGCCGUGACGGACCUGCAGAUCGAGCCAGAAGACGAGGUGGUUGAUCCACUUCGCCUCGUUUCAAUCCAUUGGCCCAUUAUCGUUGAAUGACUGCAGUAGUGCGACCGCUAGGCAGGCAUGGGCAGCCUACUGGCCGACCAGGCUGCGGUUUCUAGCGUAUCCUAAGGGUACGGCUUGCACCUUCAAUUCGGGGAACCUGCCUUUCGUUUAAAUAAUACUCAAUAUGGAGUGCUGUGAAGAUCAAUUGCUCCGACGUUUGGUUUCAGUGCGUGGGACGCCGUUCUGGUCCAGCGAUUGUAAUGUCAAAAGACUUUCGUGGUCCAUCAUGACAGUCAAUUUGGUGUGUCUCAUUUCAAGAUGCAAGCCGCUAGUCUCGAGAGAUCAUUGGCCUUGUAGCUAGCUGUCGAUAAACUUAGUAGGGAAGCAAGCCAGUAUUCACAACUUUAAAUUUGAGUGGCUAUCCGAUCCGAUGCCAGGCACGGCA